AUGAGUUACCAGCAUGUUCAUGAAGGUCCCUACCCUCCACCAGGUUAUGCUCCACCACCGCCGGAGCCACAAGGAUACCCACCUCCAGGGCAGCCAGUACCAGGUGGGUACUAUGGUGAGGGACCACCACCCCCAGGACCCCCUAGUUAUCAGGGUUACUUUAAUGAUCAACAUCCACCACCACCUGAACACAUCCACCACGACCAGCCUGGUGAUGAUAGUAGUGGCUGUUGUUCCUUUUUAAAGGGCUGGGGUACUUCUAGGUCAGCCUACUUGGAGGAAUAUGAGUUAAAAAGUUCAGUGAAUGAAAAAUGGAGGGAUGAGGGGUCUUGA